UCAGACGGAAGAUUCAGGUUACUCCAACUGCUCGAUCAGUCAGACUUCGGGAGUAGUGCACCUGAUUAGCGGCAUUUUCAAGGCGCUUUGUGACUUGGGUGUACCUGCAGCGUGUGCUCUUUCUCAGAAGGGGGAAUUGCGGGACAAAACUUUCUUCCGCAAAGUGUUCCAAAGAGUUUCGGAAGACAAGAUGAUUUUGGAUAAAGUGAAGGUUAAGAGCACGGCAGUGCGAGAGAUGCUCGCUGAGCUCCUAGGAACCUUCGUACUUGUGUUGUUUGGCACCGGCGUUUUGGCGGCAUUGAAAUUCGACAAGACUGGAAACAUUGGCUACGCAGUCGGCUUCUGGGGUUGGGGGUUGGCACUAGCACUCGCUGUACUGGUCGCAGGUGGGGCUUCAGGAGCCCACUUGAACCCUUCCAUUACGAUUGCCAUGGCGACCAUCGGAAAAUGUCAGUGGAAAAAAGUGGUGCAUUACAUGGUGGCUCAGUACUUGGGCGCUUUCUUAGGGGCGGCGGUGCUCUUCUGCACGUACAAAAAUGCUUUCGACCACUUCGACGGCGGCUUGCGCGCAACUACGGGAGUCAACGCAACGGCUGAUGUAUUUGCUUCGUAUCCCAGAGAGUUCGUCAGCACAGGAAACUGCUUCCUGGACCAGGUUGUGGGUACGGGUCUUUUCGUGAUGUGCAUCGUAGCCAUCACUGACAGCAGCAACAUGGCGGUGCCUCAAGGUCUCCAGCCUCUGUUGAUCGGCAUCUCUCUGGCAACGACUGCUCUGUGCUUUGGCUACAACUGCGGGGCUCCUCUCAACCCAGCCAGAGAUUUGGGACCACGUAUUUUCACCGCUAUGGCCGGAUGGGGAACGGAAGUCUUUAGCUUCCGAGACUACAACUGGUUCUGGGUGCCGGUCGUGGCUCCCCACAUUGGAGCCGUCGUCGGAACGUGGCUCUACAAGCUCCUGGUUGGUCUGCACUGGCCCCAAGACUCGUACGACAUGGAUCAGGGGAGGAGGGACAAGGAUGGUACCAAUGGAGUGCAGAUGACGGGAAUCAAACCUUACGAUAGUAAACUACCCUACGAAGACUUCAGAAAAACGAAUGGAGCACAGGGCUCCACACAAUACUAGCAGGACUGUUGGGGCAUUUGUUAUGUGCAGGAACAUUUCGGGACCCCUGCCAAUCAGUAUUCGGGCGUUGUUGCUACUGAAGGAAUGUGUGUACAUUGGACAAGAUGGUCUUUCAUACAGUUUUUAGUACAUUUCAUAUAUGUACAUAUGAAAGUAAUCUUACAAGAUUGACAACUUUACUGUCUAUAUAUUCCUGUGUGGUUCGGAAUAUUUACACGUUAGGAAAUCAGCACUAUUUUGUAAAUUUUUCAGAUAGUAUUACAUUAUGUAUUGUGGCAUAGCUCACGUGAAUUAUAGAAAAAAGAAGAUUUUCAUUAGAACGUAAUUAAGCCCUACAAGUGUAACGCAACUUGCCUUUUAAUAUAAUAAUGUGAGUACUUCGAAUACAUAUAAUUGCCGCUCGACGUAUCCACGAUGCAAACUAUUACGCGCACUAAACGAUGCGCGCUUUAAAGCUGCUUUGUAAAGUUUGAUUUUUGUCAUCCCAUAAUACUCCACUACACUGCUGAUUGCACCUUGUGAAUUGCCAAAGAAAUUUCUGUUCAAUUAUACGCACUGUGCACAUAAACACAACGUACGUUGACUCGGAACGUUGUACACAGACACACACAUUCAUGUUACGUUUUUUUUUCUUUUUACACAGAAAACAUACAACGAAUCGUAAGCCACGUGUAUGUCCCUUCGAUAAAACUGUCCUUCCUUCAAAGUGAAUUGCAACGUUGCAAUGGAGAAUUUACGUAACACGUCUUUGACCUUAGCACCAUCCUCGCUGUUGAACUGUUCAAUAGCUUCCGGUGUAUUGUUACUGCGAGACGCUCGACAUACUCUUGCAGUACCUGGUUUUAGAUCUCGUGGGUACGUAAGUCGUGACGUAUAAAAUAAGCUGUCGAGUCUCUAGGUUCUCAACACAGUACACUCUAAAAAAAGAAAAGAAAAAACCUUCACCGCAUAGCACGCUCCUAGCCAAUCAUCAUCCCGAUUGACAACGUUCUCUCCUAUGAUUUGAUGAAAAUAGGGGGCGUACGCCAUUUUUUGACAAUUAUGAGCGGCAUAAUGCCACAAAAAAUGCCGUACGCCUCCCGUUUUUAGCAAAUCGGGGGAAAGAACUAUGUCACUCGGGAUGACGGUGGGCUAGGAGGGUGCUAUGCAGGGAAGCUCUGUUUUUAGAGUGUAUAGUCAUGUCCCCGAUUUCAAGUUUAGACCCUACAUGUGUUUGAUUCGCUAGUUUGACACUGUUCAGUAGGCAUAUAAUAAUGUCCGUACGAUCUUUGCUUCUAGCUUUCACUAUAUCUGUGUGCACAGCACGCGUACAGCGCCUUCACUCGAAUGUCAUUUUUCAGUUUGAUCAUGACGCAUUAUCACAGUCCCUCAUCAUCAUCAUUGUUGGCUUCGGUUGUAAUUUAUCGUUUUCCCUCUUUCUUUCACUUUGUCGACAAAUAAAAUACAUAAAUCAGAA